CCGCUAUCGCACUAUCCGCGGCCGAGUAGCGUGGGAUUUUGGCUGCUGAUGCCGUUGCUAUCGUGAAAGAAAGUUGUUGAGUACGAACGUCGCUCGGUAAACGUUCACGAUGUCAUAGUAGCGGAGAAGGCCUAGGGCGGUGCAGGCCGUUCAAGUGCUGCUAUAAAGAGCUGUGACCCAAAUUUACCACGACGGUACUUACUACACACAUAAACCACUACAGCGCACAGACUUCUUUCUUUCCUCGCACCCUUAAGGAGAAUUCACAACAAUCACCAUGGCUCCUAUCGCGAUUACGCCUCCCGCCGUUGAGGCCAAGUCCCAGCCCGCCUUCCCAACUUCACAGGCCGCUCCUGUCGACCCCUCAAAUAUUGGCACUAAGCGGAAGAUCAUCUGCUUCUCAGAUUUCGAUGGAACAAUCUUCAUGCAAGACACCGGUCACAUCCUCUUUAACGCCUUCGGUUGUGGAACCGAGCGACGACAACAGCUCGAUGAGCAGAUCCACAGUGGCGAGCGCUCUUUCCGUGAUGUGUCGGAGGAGAUGUGGGGCUCUCUCGAUGUGCCCUUUGACGACGGCUUCGAAGUGAUGAAGAAGGCGCUCGAAAUUGAUGUCGACUUCAAGACCUUCCACCAAUUCUGCAUCAACAACGAAAUCCCCUUCAACGUCAUCUCUGCUGGUCUUAAGCCAGUCCUCCGAAGGGUCCUCGACCACUUCCUCGGCGAGGAGAACUCCAAGCACAUCGACAUCGUCGCCAACGACGCCACCAUCUCCUCCGACGGCAGCCAGUGGAAGCCCGUCUGGCUCCACGACACGGAGCUCGGCCACGACAAAGCCAAGUCCAUCAACGACUUCAAGGACUCCGCCCGCCUCGAGAGCGAUGACGGCACCAUCCCCAUGAUCAUCUUCAUUGGCGACGGCGUCUCCGACCUCCCCGCCGCCCGCGAAGCUGACGUCCUCUUCGCCCGCCGCGGCCUACGCCUCGAGGAGUACUGCAAAGAGAACAGCCUGCCUUACAUUCCCUUCGACACCUUCGCCGACAUCCAGCGCGAGGUCAUCAAGAUUGCCAAGAUCGACGACGAGAAGACGAAAGGAAAGGGCCUACCGUCGAACUUCAACCCUCGCGCGAACAUGUGGCGCCGCGCUAGCAGCAAGAAGAACGUUCCUCUGUUUGCUGCUAUGACUCCCAAGGAGGAGAAGGUGUUCAUCUGGCCAGAGACAUUUUCUGAGCUGAAGCCUGUCGCUGAGAAUGUUCCUGUUGCGGCAUGAUGAGCUUUGCGGCCGGCUCCGCGCUUAUACCUUCUUCUCUUAUUGGCAUUGCGAUACUCUCUUCAUCAGAGCUGCUUCACUUGUUUCCAUUGCAUAUUGUAGGCGUCAGGACUUUCUAUCGAAUGCCAGGGCCCUUGUAUUUUCUUUUUUUCUUUUUCUUUUUUUGUUCAAGGCAUGGCUAAGGACGAAAACGAUCGAUCCAUUUCGGUGUUCUGGGUUGAUUUCACAAAGAUCGACGAGGAACGCCUCCGAUACAGAUCAGAAGGCGUACUGGAUAAGAUAUUAGCACUCGCUUGCAUCUAGAUUGCAAGUAGUAGGAUAGAGAAGCAGUUAGAAUGCUAUGCAUGUACGGAAGAUUUAACACC